UAACAUUCCACGACAUCAUAUUCAGGUUUUUAAGUCCACCCGCCCUUGACGCAUGUUAGUUGCGAUAGUCGUCGAAUUACAAAUUUUGUUUCUAAAGUGUAAUGAGAUUUUGAUAAACCCCAGCUCUGCUCGAUUGAACCCUAGAACAUCCUCAUUUCUUCCGAAUACUAACUGGAAACCUAACGACGAUGAUGAUCGAUUUCUUCUCUUAUGGAAACGAGGUCCUACAGAAUCCAUGUUGUAAGAAGAUGAACAGCUUGUAAUAUAUACUAUUUUGCAUCAGAAGGCGAUAGAGUUGGCAACAAACGCGUAUAGGAAACAGUCUGAAGAUGAUGAACAAAUGACAAGAAAGAAACAGAAAGUUGACUGCUUUGAUUUUCUUUCAGACGAUAUCCUUAUAGAAAUCCUCAAAAGACUUCCUGAUGAUUUCCUUCGUUAUAAAGCUAAGCACAUUUGCAGACGAUUUUUCAAUGUAAUCACCAAUGGGCUCUUACUAGACCACACUUCCUUUAUCUUCCAAGAAUUCGGUAAACCCACAGUGCGACAUGUAGACAUAAGAGAAGAACAACAAGAGCUAGAACUAAAAGAGAAAAACCUGGAUUUACCUAAGAAAGGAUGGGUAAUGUCAUGGUGUAACGAGUUUCUUCUGAUAACAAAUCAAGAAAGAAAAGAAUACGUUUUUAACCUAAUCACAAAGGAAGGAUCAUAUCUUCCUUCAUGCACAUAUUGUAGAGGACGCUACACCUACGAAUGUGGAGUUUCCCUUUCCUUUGAUGGAUUUAAAGGAGUAUACAAAGUGCUUCACAUGUUUAUAGGUCCACCAAUGCAAUGCCAUAUUCUUAUCUUGAAAAGAAACAUUCUCUCUCGUUUCUCCUCAAAGUGGAAAAAGAUUGAAAUUCCUUCUUGCAUGGAUGAAGGGUGGGGUUCUUGGGGUUACCCAGUUUCAGUUCAAGCGAGAUACAUUCACUGGGAUGUUCAUGGUGAUGGAGGGUACCUGGUUUCCAUGGAUAUGGUGAAAGAGAAGAUGAUCCGAAUGAGUCUUCCUAUACCUGAAUUUAGUUUCAGAUACACUGUUUUUGAAAUGGGUGGUUUUCUCACUCUUAUUCAUCAAGUUUCCUUUGAACAAACUGACAUGUGGAUUUUAAAAGAUUUUGAGAAGAUGAAGUGGGAGAAGUUGGAGUUAACUGUUCCGAAUUGCUUUUUUGGAGAAUACGAUGAUUUUCUUAUAACGCCUAUGUCUAGCUUGAUAAGUAAGAGAUAUAUGAUGUGCAUAAAAACUGCUAUUCGGAAUUGUGGUGUGUGUAGUUAUGAUCUGAAACAUGGAGUUGUGAAAAAACUAGACAUUGACUUCGGACAAAAUGAUCGUUGUGUGGUUUAUUCAUCAUCACCAAGUUUUAUAUAGUCAGAAAGUUAGAUAAAGUGAACAUUAAUUGUUUUUGCAAAGUGAGAGGGUUGAAUCGCUGAAGCACAAACCAAGUUUUUUCUAUCGAAUCUGAGGGAUUUCUAAUUGCAAAAUUUUGCUCUAUCUUGUUAUCUUGUAUAUAAAAUUUGAUAAUUUGAAUGUAAAGUUCAGAAAUUUGAACACCCGUUUAUGGUUUUUGCCAUGGGUGUUGUAGCACAUUGGUCUUGACUCCCUUCUUUCUAGUCUCAAACCAAAGCAUAAAAACUAAUCAAAGU